AUGCCUAAAUAUGCCAAACUCCUUAAGGACCUUCUUAAACGUAAGGAUAGGUUAGGUGAGCUUUCAAACAUCCUGUUGACCGGAGGUUGUUCUGCAGUGGUCUUGAAUAAGCUAGCGGAGAAAUUAACCGACCCGGGUACAUUCACCAUUCCUUGCUUCUUCGGGGUUGCCAUUACCCCCGCUCAUGCCUUAGCGGACUUAGGUGCUAGCAUCAAUUUGAUGUCAUUUUCUCUUUAUGAGAAGCUAGGGUUAGGAGAGCUUCCACCCACGCAUUUCGUGGUCUUAGACAUGGAGGCCGAUGAAAGAGUCCCAAUCAUUCUUGGGCGUCCUUUCCUUCGAACCGCAAAGUUCGUCAUCGACGUCUUUGACGGUAAGAUUUCACAUAGAGCGGGCGAUGAGAUAGUUACCUUUGAGAUAGAUAGAGCCAUGCAACAUCCUAGUGGUAGCGAUGAUUCUAGCGGUCUAUGUCACUCCGUUUACUUCCUAGAUUCAUUCAUCUCGUGCGUUGAUAGGUGUCUAGAUUUCAUUAGUGGGGCCGACUUAGUCAGUGAGGUAGAGGUUGAAGAGGAGUUUGUUGAUGAGGGUGAGGAAAUAAAUUCGUCUUGGGUUCCCGAAACCCUAGAGCUUUGUGAGGUUAGGGAAGAGAGUGAGAGUAAACCCGUAGAUACUCCACCCCUAGAGCUUAAGGUUCUUCCGUCCCACCUAGAGUUAUGUUUUCCUAAGGGAAAAUUCUAG